AUGUUUCUUACUAACUAACCGUUUAAGAGACCUUGGGAGGACCAAGAGAAUAAAACACAUGUGAAGGUUGAUUUUAAUUGCUUAUUAAUUUAUUUUCAGGAUUGGCACUACUAUAAGGCAUAGACUAAUUUGUGGUUGAACCCUCAUAGAACAAGCAAAUAGAUGGCGAAAUUUUAUCAUUAAGGAGACUAAUUAUUCAAUGAAAUUCAUUACUCUGAUGAGGAACUCCUUAGAAUUCAGAUGAUGGAAGAAAAUCACUCAAAGAGACUGUAUCAUCAGGAUUAGAUUCAGUCAUCUUAAGAGAGACUUGCCAAUAGAAAGCUAGAAAGAGAACUGUAAUUCAAAUCAAAGCAGUCAGUUUUUACAACAGACGAUGCUAACAUUGAAGAAGUAGUAUCUCAGGAUCCAUAUUUGACUUCAGAAAUGACUAUGAAAAGAUCUGUCAGCUUCAAAGAUCCCACAAAGACUUAUAAUGUUGAGAGCGCAACUUGGAGUCUAAUAAACCACUGCCCGACUAAAUAACUAGACAAGUUUAUUAGACCCAGGAUAGUUGAGAUGGACGCGUAAGGUUGCGAUAGAAUAAUUUAGAGAAUCAACGAGGAUAGGUAAAUGAGCGAUAUCUAGAAAGAGUACUUUUAAAGAAAUAGAUAAAAGAUAAGAGAGAAAUUCCUAGAAAGAACCUAAUAAUUGGAGCACUUGUAGCAUAAAUCAGGCUAAAGGCUUGUUAAAGGUGACAGCUAGAAUAACUUUUCAGUAGGUCUUGCUUAACUUUAACUAUUUAAAAACUCUUAAAUCAAGAUGAUUUAGCCAACCCAAGAUUAGUUAUAUAGAACAACUUCUAGCUUCAAUCUUUAAAAUCAAGGAACAAUGAAUUCGAAUAAUCAAAAUUUUGCUAAUAGAAUUACAGUUUUAGCAUAGCCAAAGCAAGAUUAUGAAACUAAUAACAUUUUCAAGCAUUAAGAAUUUAGGGGUUUACUUCAUUCAGACCACGAAGAAGCACUGAAAAAUUGUACCUCAACAAAUAAAGCUAAAAGAUCAGCAUCAUAAAGAUUUAUGACGGCUCCAACUUUAAAUGGAAAGACGUCCUUUGGUUCUUUGAAAUCUGAUUUGAAGAUCACGACAGCGACUAAAGAGCUAUUUCCCAUUCCUGAACUUAAAACACCAUAAAACUACAUGCUUUCCACUCUUAAAGGGUCAUCUUAGCAAUCUUUAAGAUCAAAUGAAACACUGAGCUCCUACAUCAGAUAUGGAUAUGAUAAUCAUUAGACUAAGAAACCUUAUGCUGAUAAUGUUAACCCGAUAUUUAGCAAGAAUGGGAAAAGAUUAACUCACAUAAAGAGUGAAGCUGAGAUUUAGAAAUUCCAUCAUGAAUCAGAACUUGACUAGUUUAAGCCAGAUGAAAGGAUGGUAGUCCUAGAAGAGAUGAAGUAACUUAAUGAAGUAGAUAGAAUCACUAAUCAGUCUAAGAAAAGAAGAAGAAACAGAUAUCCCAGGACUGCUUUAGACUAAGCACUUAACUAUCAUAAAAGCUUCUAAGAGCAUUUAGCUUCUAAAAAGUAGCAGCAGAUGAACCAAGAUGAUAAUCUACCUAAUAUUUGA